AUGGGGCAUUGGGUUAAUGGGAUUUGGUGCUGGAAUUUCGAAUGGCGUAGGGCAAUCCUGCCUAGGGAAGAAGGAGCAUUGAAGGAAUUCCACUCUUUUCUACAGCAAGUCAAUUUAGUUGAAGGUAGAGAGGACAAGUGGAUUUGGAAUGCAUCCGAGGAGGGGUCUUACAUAGUAAAAUCCGCUUUCUCUGUUCUGCAAGGUCUUGAGCUAGAGGAGCCAAUUCUGGUCUUCCGUGCUUUGUGGCAAGGGACAGCACCGUCAAAUGUAUUAGCUUUUGGAUGGCGAGUUUUCUGGGGUAGAUUGCAAACUCAAGAAAAUAUGCUUAGAAGGGGGAUCAUCCCAAUUGGAGAGAACACCUCUUGUUUAUUCUGUCAUGAGGUGGAAGAGACUCCAAAUCACCUUCUCUUUAACUGCUUUUUCUCUUACCAGGUGUGGACUCUUUGUUAUCGUUGGUUAGGAGCACUCACCGCAUUUCCAGAGAGUAGCUCGCUGCAUUUUUUGCAGUUUGGAAAUGAAUUUCGAACGCUGAAACAGCAAGGAGUGAUGAAGACAGUUUGGUUAGCAAUUUCCUGGUCGGUGUGGCUCCACCGAAACAAAAUCUUGUUCAAGAAUGAUCAAAAGGAUGCAGCGAAAGUCGUUGAGUUAGCCCAAUUGAGAGCUUGGAACUGGUUAAGGGCGAGGAACAAAAGCUUAACUUAUUCAGUUUUUGAUUGGAUAUCCCAGCCAAGAAUAUGUAUUGAGAGUUUUUGA